AUGGGUGUUUACGGUUACAAAGCUGACCUGCGCAGUCUUUUAACUUCCCCUAAUUUUGUACUUCGCGGAGUUUCUGUCAUAUUUUGCAUAAUCAUUUUAGCUUGUAUUGACCGAGAUGGUUAUUUUGCUGGACGCUGUAUGUUUUACAGCAGUGGUUCAGCCUGUAGUUUCGCAUUAUCGGUCACAAGCCUUGGGUUGAUUUUCUGUCUUGUCUACAUGGCGAUUGAUGCUGGCUUCCUAUGCUUGCUGCAAAAAUAUCGCAGGUACAUCGCCAUGGUCGAACUAGGGUUCAGUGGCUUUUGGACGUGUGCGUUCUUUAUACUAUUCUGUUACACGGCGGAUCAUUGGCGAAUUUCGGACGCGGACCCAAAUGACUUGGAUUUGAUAAGCUUGAAUAACAUUCGUGCGUCCAUCGCCUUUGCAUUCUUUUCAAUAUUUUCCUGGGGUGGUAUGACGUAUACGGCCUAUAAUCGCUACAUUUCCAUCCAAAAUUACAAUCAAUAUGCGGAUGAUGUGACUGAGGCGAGUCGUGAUCCCCACAGGAGUGAGACAGGCGGUGGUUACAUCGACUACUUUAACCAUUCACCCUCAGUGGCGCAGGCCAGUUUCGACGCCUCCGCUACAAUGGACGACGAAUUCAUCGCCGAUGGCCAACACCGAGCUGGCGACACAGAGUUACUUACCUCUUAA